AUGCCUUACGAUCGCCAUGUAGUCGUCAGUUGCAUCGAGAGGCACUAUGACUUGCUCGUGCGCAUGGCCUACCUCGACCCGGACACGAUCCUCCGCCCGCCGCCUGAAGGUUGGAGUGAUGAGCAGCUCGCUGUUGACACAUUGCAAGAGUGGAAACGGUCGGACAGAGUCGUUGAUCUCUUGCGUCACUUGCCUUAUCUGAGCAAGAAUAUGGGUGACUCUAAAUACGAGGUCUACAUCGUAACGGAAGCAUGCAACUUCCUUCGCGAUUAUGGCUGGCUGAAAGAUGCGCACAAGAAGGACGCUAUCAGUCUUAUGAUGCCAUGCGAGGAGGAAGCACCUGCAGGAAUGAUACCGUUGAGCCAGGGCCGCGAAGCGACAGUGUGGAUGAUAGAUACGGACGAAGAAAUUCAGCAGUACUUCGAUAAGGUCUACAACGAGAUCGAGACCUUGGUCACCGUUCCUGUACCAUUGACGCGAGGUAGCGAUGCAUGGUACAACGAGAUGGUGGAUCAUCGAGACAACAAUGCAAAGGUGAGUGCGAUCCUCUCGGCGAACGUGACCGGAAGACUCAUCAAGCAAAUGAACAGCUACCCAAGCGCUUGCUGA